CGGCGCUCGAGCGCGUUCUCUUUCGCGACUCCCGACCGCGGAUUCGCCUCUGUCGAGGGAUGCGAUUUGAGUCCUCGAUGAACUCGGCGCGUCACGACUUACCGAAAGAACAGGAAAACGGAGCGGAAGGGUGUCCACGACGCUCUUUACGCGCGGAAGAGCCGUCAGAAGAGCUUUAAAAUCCCGAGGGGUCGUUUGGUGGAGGCAAGCGAGGUUAUAAUCCCGCCCCGUUGUUGACGUCGCCGUCGUCGUUAUCGUCGUCGCGACGUGGAUGGUGGUGGUGCUAAGUGUUAGUCUCGCUGGUGAUCGUCCCCUCGUCGUUAUCCAGUUAUUAUAUUCCUGUGCCUAAUCUCCGCACUAGAGGGAAUUGUUCAGUAGAGACUCUCGCCCCGACGUCUCCCCAGGCAGCCGUCUACGCGCAAAAACUGAGUGAUCUGGGGUGCGCGAAGGCGAGAAGAAAUGAGGUGGACGUGACACAAUGACAUGAUGAAGAGCCUGGUGGGGAUCAUGUGGAUAGUGUUGGUGCUCAUAUCAGGAUGCUCAGGAAAUCCAGACGCGAAGCGAUUAUACGACGACCUCUUGUCGAAUUACAACAAGCUGGUUCGUCCAGUGAUCAACGUCACAGACGCCCUCACCGUUAAAAUAAAACUCAAGCUUUCCCAACUCAUCGAUGUGAAUUUGAAAAAUCAGAUCAUGACAACGAACCUCUGGGUCGAACAGUCGUGGUAUGAUUACAAGUUGAAGUGGGAUCCGAAGGAGUACGGUGGGGUGGAGAUGCUGCACGUGCCGUCAGAUCAUAUAUGGAGACCCGAUAUAGUUUUAUAUAACAACGCCGACGGUAACUUCGAGGUGACAUUGGCGACAAAGGCGACUCUCAACUAUACGGGUAGGGUCGAUUGGAAGCCGCCUGCGAUUUAUAAGUCUUCCUGCGAGAUUGACGUCGAAUAUUUUCCUUUCGACGAGCAGACGUGCGUAAUGAAGUUUGGCUCGUGGACUUACGACGGCUUCCAGGUCGAUCUUAGACACAUCGAUGAGGUUCGAGGCAGCAAUAUCGUCGACAUUGGCAUCGAUCUGUCGGAGUUUUAUAAAUCCGUCGAGUGGGACAUACUAGGAGUCCCGGCUGUAAGAAACGAAAAGUUUUACACGUGUUGUGACGAGCCUUACCUCGACAUCACUUUUAACAUCACCAUGAGACGGAAGACUCUGUUCUACACCGUCAACCUCAUAAUACCGUGCAUGGGGAUAUCUUUCCUCACGGUGUUGGUGUUUUACCUGCCAAGCGACAGCGGAGAAAAGGUCAGCUUAUCCAUUUCGAUUUUAUUGUCGCUGACUGUGUUCUUCCUCUUGCUAGCCGAGAUUAUCCCGCCCACAUCGCUCGUGGUACCGCUUCUCGGUAAAUUCGUCCUCUUCACUAUGAUCCUCGACACUUUCAGUAUAUGCGUAACAGUGGUAGUCCUGAACGUUCACUUUCGCUCGCCGCAGACCCACGUGAUGGCACCGUGGGUACGACGUGUGUUCAUCCAUGUUUUACCGAGGUUGCUGGUAAUGCGCAGGUAUAAUACGCCAUCGCAGAGAACCAAUUACGAUUCCAGGCCGCAAUAUCCAAUAGACAAGCGUAGCAUGGGCGGACAUCAUGGGCAUCGCGUGAUGGUCAGAACAUGCAACGGUCUCGAGCUGCGAGAUCCGCCAUUAUUCGCCGAGACGUCGGCCUCGGAAUUGGUCGAGUCCUCCGUACUUUUUCCUAGUGUCGAUUCACGGGACGAGCUGCAACCUCGGGAACUGGACAUAAAUUUAGGAAGCACAUGUCGUAUUCACGGCUCGCCAGCGGCAACGGCCGCGCCGCCGCCACCGCCGCAGCUUCCGACUCAAGAAAGCGUCGACGCUCUCUGUAACACGCUUCAUCACUGGCACCACUGCCCAGAACUAUACAAGGCCAUUGAAGGCAUACGCUUCAUCGCCGAUCAUACGAAGAGAGAAGAGGAUUCUACCAGAGUCAAAGAGGAUUGGAAGUACGUCGCGAUGGUGCUCGACAGAUUAUUCCUCUUUAUCUUCACGUUAGCCGUGAUCGUCGGCACAGCCGGGAUUAUAUUACAGGCGCCGACCCUGUACGACGAUCGCACCCCUAUUGACGUACGACUCUCUGAGAUUGCCUCCACCACUGCCAAGCCACAUAUGGUCACGAGCCUCUGAGGGACAAUUACUAAUUACGUUUUAUGUCGCGCGAGUAAAUAACAUACACAAACUUACGCUCACACACACAUAUACAUACACAUACACAUAUACAAUUUACCACAUACUACUUACCACAACAAUAUAAGGGAAACUAACGUCCGAAAGACUGAAGCCUCGCUAAGUCUUCGACCUUUGCGUGAAUAUACGAUCAACUCGUCGCGGAGAAUUCUUAAAACGAUACGCUUUUUACUUCGCAAACGAUGUUCGUAGAUAAGAAAGUUCCUGAAAAGAAUUCGUUAUGUGUCAAAUCUUAAAUUCUUACUUUUGAAAUCAGAGAAAUUGCAAAUAUUUUAGCAUUUGAAUUUUUUUCUUCUUUUUUUUUUUUUUAUUAUUGCUUUAACACUUGACCAACCGGAAGCCAGUUAAUCGGCUUAUCAUGCAGAACCGAUAUACUAGCGGUGUAUCCGCGAAAGAAAAUCCGGUAAGUAGCGGCUUUGUUUUGAUCCGGUUUCGAGUUUUAACAUUUUGUCAUAUAUUGCUGUUUUUAUAUACCAUAUA